UUGAGUACUGUGGUGUGAUUAUUGGAAACCAAAACUCAGAAAGCAAAUCCAGUUAAUACGACGUUUAUGUAUGUUUUAUGAGUGUUUGUUUAAAGCGCUCGGAGCUUAUAGCGCUGGAGCUGAGCAAAUACGAGUCAGUCUGUGAAAGUGAAACUAAGUUAACUGCGUAAAACCACAGGACAAACCAACAGAAUGGCCUCCAGUGCAUCACAGUCUGAGGUGGACUGUACCUGCCCUGUGUGCUGUGAUAUAUUCACGGAUCCUGUGCUCUUGUUGUGCGGUCACAGCUUCUGUAAGGACUGUCUUCAGCAGUGGUGGAGAAAGAGUGGAGAGCAGACAUGCCCGGUCUGUAAGGAAAUAUUUCCGAUGGCUCAGCCUCCACGUAAUCUGGCGCUGAGAAACCUGUCUGACACCUUGAGACGAAAGAGGAGUCAGAGAGCGAACUCAGGGUCUGAGGAGAUGUGCAGUCUGCACGGUGAGAGGCUGAAGCUCUUCUGUCAGGAUGAUCAACAGCUCAUCUGCCUGAUUUGUAGGGAUUCACAAAAACACAAGAAACACAACUUUGACCCCAUCAACGAAGCAGCAGAAGCCUACAGGGCUCAACUCCAGCUGAAGAUCCUGCAUUUAAAAACCAAACUGGGGUCGUUUAAAGCACAAAAACUCACCUGUGACAAAAUGGCCGGCCACAUCAAGCUCCAGGCUCAGCAGACUGAGAAGACGAUCAAAGAGGAGUUUCUGAAGCUUUACCAGUUCCUGCGAGCAGAGGAGGCUGCCAGGAUUGAUGCAGUGAGGAAAGAGGCGACGCUCAAGAGUGAAGCGAUGAACAUCAAGAUUGUAAAUCUGACUGCAGAGAUCUCCUCGCUUGAAGACAGAAUCAGAACCAAAGAGAGGGAGAUGAUGGCUGAGGACAUCUCAUUUAUGCUGAAUGUCAGAUCCACAAUGAAGCGAUCCCAGUACAACCUGCCAGACCCAGAGACUCCAUCAGGAGCCCUGAUGGACGAGGCCAAACACCUGGGGAACCUGCUGUUCACAGUCUGGAGGAAGAUGAAGGACAUAAUCCAAUACACUCCUGUAACUCUGGACCCCAACACUGGCGACCCGCUAUUGAUUAUAUCAGAACACAUGACCCGUUCGACAGAGAACAAGACUAAGCCGCUUCCUAGAAACCCAGAAAGGCGGCAGACCUGGGACGUUCUCGGCUCUGAAGGGUUUGGCUCUGGAAAACACAGCUGGGAUGUGGAGGUGGGGCUGGACUGUUGGGCUGUUGGUGUCGCUGCUAGAACCAAGAAUUCAAAAGGGUUCUGGGGCAUCCUCAGACAUGCUACAGACAUUCUGUUAGAAUAUAUUCAACAGGAUUAUGACAGAAUUGACUUCAAGGGUAGAGAGCCCCAAAAGAUCAGAGUGCAUCUAGAUUAUGACCAAGGCAUACUGUCAUUUUUUGACCUUGAUAGGAAAAGACCUGUACACACAAUCAAACACACUUUCACUAAAACAGUCUAUCCAUAUUUUCGUGGGAAUGUGAAAAUCCUCCCAGCUGUAGUGUCAGUGAAGAUAAGAACGUAGGUGUAAUGUAUAAUGUUUUCAGUGGCUGUGGCAGAGAUUUCUAAAAUCUAAAAAAUAACCCUGAUGUCACUGGGUUUACCUCAGCUCGGACUUUCAGCUCAUAAUUUUGAACAGCCUGCGUCACAAGCUGGAGGGAUGGGGUUGGAAAGGCAUUUAGGAGGCAAUGAGGGUCUGAUGGAAGAUGCCAUUGGAGAGCAUUCUGGGAAAUGUAGGAUCCAGUGCUUUUGGAGGUUGAUGCAUGCUAGGGACUAAGAAUCAUUUAUUUGAACCUAGCUCAUGUGAGUUCCUCAACUGUAUAGAGGUACAAUCAUCUUAUUAACAUCAUUCAGUGUAUGUUUUAGUUUGGGUUUUCUAGUUUAAUUUUACAAUGUACUUUAGAUAUAUUCACUGUUAUGAUUCAAUUUGAUGUAUCAGCUGUUGUUCGUGCAUAUUAAACAGAUUGUUAUAGUAAAAGCAUGUAAAUAUUUUGAGAUCAGACUCAUUAAAAU